ACUGAGACUGAUGUAGGUCAGUGCGUCUGGAGCUUGUCUGGAGCUGCAGAGAGCCUCAGAGCUCCACGCCAGGUUCUCAUCGACCCCUGUAGCUGCUGCCGCCGUGCCCGAGCUGAGGACAGCGCUCCCUGGGCUACGUGAGGACACCACCAGCCUGCCUGGAGGAGGAUGUGCCAGCAACACAGGAGGAGGAGGGGGAGGAGGAGGAGGAGGAGGAGGAGGAGGAAAGAGGAAGGGGAAGGGGGUGCGGGGUGAUAUGAGGUGUCUGUGUAGCAUCAAAAGCUUAGUCAGCGUAUGUUGUUUGCAUGUGUGUCGAAACGCAGACGUACAUGGAGACGGGGAAAGGCAAAGCGGAAGGUAGAAAUGCAGGAGAUCGAGGGGAGAUAGGCGUUGCAGUUGUCUGUCUCUCCUCCGUGAUAUGCAGCACUACAGAGAGUUUUUUUGGGGGGGAUACAUUUUCAUGCAAUGUUGCCUCCACAUUCCCCUUCCUGCACAGGCACAUACUCUGUGUGCCUCUUUCUCCACUCACUACCUAACUUCGUCAUGAUGCUUUCUGUCUCUUUCCCAGAUCCGACUCAUUUGUGGCUGCAGCCAUCGACGCUCCUGCGAAAACCACAACGACCCGGCAAACUCCAAACUCUGAUGCGAUUUCCCUUCCAAAAGAACAAAAAUUCUUCUUUUAUAGUAUAUCCAUUCCUGCACCGCUGCAAACGGAUCCAGGUCUGAGACGAUGUCCUCCACCGAGAGUGCUGUAUAUCGAAAGUGUCCGUCCUCCAACUCGUCGCGGUACCCUUUUGAUGGAAGCCAACGAGUGCAACGACGACGACUUUUGACGACUUCUGUGUCUCCUGAUUCUGCUCUCCUUUCCUUCCCUUUCCCUCCUCCCUCCUUCUCCUCUGCUCUCAUUCUCCGCUCCUUCCCACUCCUCUGGCUUUUAGACAAUGCCCCCAAAAAACCGAUCGUUGUAUCAGAGAGUCUGAGUGUAGUAGAGUGCAGCUGUGAGAGUGGCUGAGUGUGUGUGUGAGCGAGUGUGUGUACGUUUGUGAGCGAGUUUGGUAUGUGUGUGUGUGUGCGCGAGAGAGAGAGAGAGAGAGAGUGUGUGCUCUCGAUUUGACUCUGCAGCACGUCUGGGUCCGGCAGCGGUACUCUGGUGCUUAGCUGGCUCUGUCUUGCCGGUACUGUUUGUACAUUUGUGUGUGUGUGUGUGUGUUUAAGUGUGUGUUCGUGUGAGUUGGUCUGCCUCGCCGUGACACAGCAAUCAUCUGACCGGCCUCGUCAUCGCUAUUCGGGACGAGGGAUAUUUGGAGUUCCUUGGGCGUGGCGUCGCCGGCCCGAACCACACCUCCCUCUUGCACUCAUUCAUUCAUCUGUUUCCUUUCAUCUGACUCCCAUCGCUGUUUUUUCUCCCACCUUGACCAAAUCCUCUGGAUUACAGUAGCAAUGGAGGGAUAAAGCGAGUGAGCAAGCAAGGAUUCACAAAUCAACUCACUCUCUUCAUAACAAGACAUUUUUUAAAUUUUCCGUCUCCGUUCUUUUUCUACUGCUUUGCGUUCACGCUUUAUUUCGCCUCUGGUUUGUUCACCGUCAAGGAUGCUCUCUCUCUCUCUCUCUCUGUUCUGUCUUUGCAUCCACCUGAUGCGCGCUCGCUCUUCCUCUGUACCGCUUUCUGUGUGUCUCCAUGCAGGAUUUUCAAACGCGACGGAAGGGAAGGAAGGAAGAACAUCGGGAUCGAGUGGGAAAAGAAUAAGAAAGAUGGAAAGAGAAACUAAACAAUUACUUCUCCGAACAAUUUGUUCUGUUUAUGUCCAAACUUAAGCUUGAUUAUCGCGCGUAAAUAAGGAAGUAGAGACUUGCAGGCAUCAAGAGAGGGUAUUCAGGAGGCACGCCUGUAAUGCAAUUAAAUUAAGGCCUCAAAACUACAAAAAAAAGGCUUCUUAUCUUGGAUUGCGGUAUUGUGUAAUGUGUUCCUGUUAUUUUGUCCACUCAGCCAGUUUUCUUACCUCUCCGUUUAUUUGUUAUCUCUGAUUGUUGGGGAAGAAACACAGAAGGAUACAAGAUAGCAUGAGGUACUGUAUGUUCCAUGGUAACUAAAAAAUAAGUGACUUAGUGUUGUUGUGUAAGGAGGAACAGCAGUAGGUGGGUGAAAUGGUGAGAUGGCCACCUGCACUGUCUGCCAUAUCCACACAAAACACAGAGAGGACAAACUGCCUGUGGAUGAGUCACACUGAGGGAGACAGAGAGAGGGAGUGUGUGUGUGUGUCUGUAUGCAAAUGAGUGCUUAGUCUUCAGUUUUUCUGUUUAACUGCAGAGCGGAGGGGACUUCCCACCGCUUUUUCAAACUUUCAUUCCCUGGAAAAGCACCAGUUCAGUUAGGGCUGCACACACAUACACACACACACACACACACACACACACACACACAAAGGCCUCAUUGUGUCUGACCCCUGGAUGACGAGCAGGCAGGUCAAAGUGGCACGUCAUUGCUCGGCGGUUGAAAAAGGCAAGUUCAUGGUAAUGAGCACCUCCGUUUGAAAGACGCACACUUUCUCUGCAAUGCACGCUCCUCUCCUCUUUCCAUUUCCAUCUCUUUUCUAUCUGUUAUCGGAUUCUUGAUGUCACCCCUCGCUUUCAUGGCACACUCUGACGACUGAGGUUUUUUUUAUUUUUUCAGCCUUGGUUCUAAUAAAUCCAGCUCCCUGCAAAAACGUUCACACACGCAGGCACGUGCUGUACACUCAUUUACCCUGUAGUUUGCUCCAGGGUUAGGCUGACACGGCCGGUUAAUGUUUAUAUUUUAUUAGAAAUGGAAUAUUAAACACAGCGUCAGUCAGCUCUGAAGGUUUUUAAUGUUAUUUUUAAAGCCCCUUCAAUAUUUUCACUGUUACCAAAGGUUAGCCAAAUGACAUUUUACAGGUGUGAUGAUACAGGCCUGUCACAAAAACUAAGGAAAACCCAUCUCUUUUUUGUUUUUAUUCAUCAAGUUUCAACCCAGAAUUACCAGCGGUACAUCAUCCUCAGACAACCCACACCAUGUCUUAACUCUAGCUCGCACCGCGCACACACUUUGAAGAAGUCGCUGUAACAGCCCCAGUCUCCCACAGCACUCCCUCAUAAUGACACCAUCCCUUUAGGCGUCAACAGAGCGCCGGUGUAUUUGGGGUAAACACAUGGCUCCGGCAGCUCUGAAGAUGACAGAGCGAUAGGCCGGCGUGAUGGUGCUCGGCGGCCCCGGCGCUGCCAGAGCCGCACAUCUGUCGGUGACAGAGUGGAAAGCUACCUGACAGCUGCUUCUCACACAUCAGAUAAGAUUACAGGUCUACCUGCUACACCUGUUCAAACAAACCCGCGUGUGCGUUGAGAUAGAGAGAGACGGCAAACUAAUCCGGUGGCAGGUGCACUUAUAAUUGGGGCAGCUAAAGAUAUAGACUGAUGAAGGAGCUCAUUAUUAUUUAUGUGUUUGAUUUAUGUCAGCACCGAGGGGGGUAAAGGGGCCGGGUUGUGAAAUUUUAAAGAGUUUAUGCCUUGUUUUAUCCUGACAUAGAUCACAUCAUGAAUUAAGAAUAGACAGCGUAAGUGCAUAAGUGAUGUUGGAGAACAUGAAAAUAUAAUCAGACAAGAUACAAAUAGAUAUGUUUUGUUGAUUCUUGGAUCCGAAUUCUCUUCGGUGACCAUCAACUGAAGGACACAAAGUUCAGCACAACACCUCAGUUCAGCUGCAGGAUCAACACGAGCCUUCGAUGACAUCACAUGCAUGAUUUAACGACGGCAGCUCAAAGCAGCCGAUUACAGGACGGAGAUAAAUCCGCCGUGCAUGCUGACACACACACACACACACACACGCGCGCACAACGUACACCUCAUCAGCUCCCGUUGGCUCUAGCCUGACAUCUAGCGACACAGGCUGUAAUGUGAUCCUACAUGACAUGUGCAUGUUAACAUAAUGGAGCUGUGGAGGAAGAGGAGGAGGAGGAGGAAGCUGUGCGUUGUGCAGCGCUGCUGUGGAGUCAGUGUGACUUUGUUUGUUUUUUGUUUGUGGCCCCGAUACAUAAUCCUCUUCAGGUUCCUGGUUUACCAUAAAGCACCGAUGAAGGGUGUGAAGAACAAUCAUCGCCUCACUCGUUUACACUCGCUGCUGUGAUGUAAUGCUGCGAGCUGCUGCCGUAGUGAUUUGUAAAUAACAGGUUGGAUGAGCCGUGUUUGGGUGGGUUCGCUCUCCGCCGCAUCCCUGCUCACCGCACUGCAGUCUGACUAACGUGUCGUGGCUGCUCUUGUUGUUUCCUCAGCAUUUUUUACUUGCCCUCCAACAUCACACAUAACCUAAAUUUAGUUGAUACUCAUCCACAUGCAAGUAAUGAAGUUCUAAGUAUAACCUUGCCAGCUUCCCCUUGCAGCAGGGGAAAGGACAAAGUGCCCCUUUAAAACACACACACACACACACACACACACAAAUAACGAGUUCGUCUUUCCUUCAGUGGAGUCUGACAGGAAUGAGGUCAGACACACCGAUCCUCAUUGCACAUUAUUAUUAUUAUUACCCGUUUUUUCUUUAUUCAGCCAAUGAGAAGCCGGGGGGAGGGGCUUGAAUAAAAAAGCAGGAUGGAGACAGACGCCGAUUGGCUUUUAUAUCUCGCGAUGAGGGUAUAAAGCGGCGAGGUUCUCGUUGUUGUGUUUACAGUAAUAUUACAGAGCGCUCAGGAAACAGGGAGACUAUGAGAACGCGCAGCUGCUCCAUUCAACCACAUGGUUCCUCAACCGCACAGACAAGCUGCGCCACAGACAGCCAGGUUCGCUUAAGGGACUUGCACUGCUGUUGCCCUCAGCAGCGCAUUUUGAGGCUCGCAGGGCGAGUUUUCAGCCGCACAGGCAGUUGAAAGUUGCCGUUGAUUAGUUUCGGGAUUUAUUAUUUUUUUUUUUUGUUUCCGUGAAGCGCACUGGUAAAGAGUUCAGAGAACAGUCGUCUCCAAAGCGUGCUGAACUGAAAAGAGGAGACUUGGAUGAACUUUUGAGACCAGUAGUCGUCAGCGGUCUGGUUUUAAAGCGCCUGAAAUAAGAACGAGUGAGGAGUUAUUUCUUUUUGUGAAAGCCUAAUAGGCAUUUUUUUGCGAACUUUGUCAGUAGCACUGAACUGAACUGUGUUUCCAGACACUUAGAGGACAGGAUGGUGCAGCACAUGAGCCAGACAGAGAGCGCCCACGCUCAUUCUCCCGGCGGAGACUCCACGGACACGGGAGAAAUGGACUUGGAGAUGGAUGUGUCUCCGACACCCGAGUCCCCCUCCUCCGGGGUGCGGAGAGACUUGGCGUGGUGCAAAACUCCGACGGGGCACAUCAAGCGACCCAUGAACGCGUUCAUGGUCUGGUCGCAGAUCGAGAGGAGAAAGAUUAUGGAGCAGUCGCCGGACAUGCACAACGCGGAGAUCUCCAAGCGGCUGGGGAAACGCUGGAAGCUGCUGAAAGACACGGACAAGAUCCCGUUCAUCCGCGAGGCGGAGCGGCUCCGCCUCAAACACAUGGCCGACUACCCAGACUACAAGUACCGGCCCAGGAAGAAGGUCAAGUCGGGAAGCGGAGCGAGUAAGCAGACGGACCGCGGGGAGAAGAGCGGGGAGCGCAGCGCCAAAGCCGGUGUGAAGAGAAGCCCCGCGUCCAAAGGAGUGAGCCGGACGCACAAACAGGGGGGCAUGAAGAGCGCCACGGGGCAGGACUACGCGUCUCCCGGUGAUCACCAGGCGCUCUUCAAAUCCAGGUCAGUGUCUGGAGCGAGACAGAUCCCUGACAAACGCACCGGAGAGGCGAGGCGCGGCCACAUGUUCGGCGGGGCAGGCAGCCUGGAGAGCGGGCCUCCCUCCGUGGGAGUCCCGGCCAGUCCCACCCUGAGCAGCUCAGCAGAGUCCAGCGACCCGCUCAGCCUGUACGAGGAGCAGAGUCCCGCGGCCAGCGAGUCAUCACACACCGCGCGCCUCAGGUACGCUCGCGCCUCCUCUCCAACACCGUCAGCCUCGCACUCUUCCUCAUCGGUGUCAUCCUCAUCAUCAGACGAAGAGUUUGAAGACGAGCGGCUUGAACUGAACCCGAGCCCCGGGGUUGAGAGCAUGUCCCUAGGCGGCAUGGGCUUCUCCGACCCAGAGCUGGACCGGGACUUGGACUGGAGCUUCGGGGAGUGCGGGGCGGGGUCUCACUUCGACUUCCCCGACUACUGCACCCCGGAGGUCAGCGAGAUGAUCUCAGGAGACUGGCUUGAGUCCACCAUCUCCAACCUGGUGUUCACCUACUGAAAAGGACCACGGUGGAGAGGAGACGCGACGUCCCCCCCACGUUUUGAACUGUUGAACUCCCCUAGACAGGCGCGUGCGUCCAGACCAGAAUAUUUCCUUCAUUCUUUCACAAGAUAAGGGAGAGUGAAAACAGGAAAGAAAAGGUGGCCUGUGUGCGCGUUGAAGCCCAGGUACGCGCGCCGCACACAGACUUGGACAGCGCUCCGUGCGCUUGACGGGAACGCGCAGACGGGGGAAAUGCUUAGUUUGCAUUUGGACACGGAGGAGGAGUGAAUGUAAGCAGAGAGCAGUGAAACACACGGACUUGAGCUCAAGUGUUCAAACCAAUCCGCAGAUGACGAGGACUCAGAACGAACUUUGAAUCUUAAUGUUGUUUUGGGUCGGGAAAAGGGACAUUUACUGGACAGCUCGUCAUGUUGGGCUUUGUUAAAGAUACAGCCAAUUAACAUUGACCAUCAAGUUGCUAUUCAGGUGUAGUUUUUUUCCAAAAUCAAAAUAGUUUCAAUAUCAACACGCAUGCCCUCCGCGAUAAGGAGGAUUUUGUUGUUGUUAAAUGCGUAAAAAUGUUCAUUGCUGCGUAAUUACGCAAUUUGUGUGACCAUAGGACACAAUUCACUAUCACCAGCUUCUCUUUCAACGGCAGGACUUAAACACAAAGACUGACUCCAAACUUCAGAAAGCUCUUUUCUGAACCUUUUUAUUAAACACUCAGUGCACAAUUCAGGACCAAUGUUCCCCGACGCGCAUCCUUUCUGCCUAGUGCUUCAACUUUGUAGUUCCUCUGUGUCCGAUGACGUUUUUUAUAUCGAUGUAUUUAUACCGGCCAAACUUUUUUAUACAUAGAAGUAUUGUUCUCGUACAGGUCUCGUUUGUGUUUGUGCACAUACACCUGUCUGUAUCCAGCGCGGAAGGGCUAGAAGUGUAUCUUAUUUAAAAUGUCUGACUUCUCUCACUUUUAAGGAGAUUUGAGUGUGUCAUGAUUUUCUACUUGUAUUUUUGUACAAAAUCUAUAGAAAGGGGGUUUCCAGCGAGUGGGUAGCCUACAACAUUGUUGUUUGGGUCUACAUUGGUGUUUAGACGUGCAGAGGGGGGUUUGUUUGGCACAAUCUGACCUCACACAGUGUUUACAGUAUUUACCCACAUGCUUCUUAAUGGCACAGUGACUCCAGUUUCACCAGCCAAGUAAACAAAGCGCCACUGAGGCUCCCAGUCUGAGUGGUGACUGUUUCCAGUACACAUAGACCUAAAGUAUAUGCGUGUAAGAUCCCAGAGAGUCACUGUUUGGAUAGAGCUAAUACCUCUGUGUGCUUUUUUUUUUUUUUUAAUCAAGAUAAGUUUUAUUUGAACCACUGGAUGGAAUUUCACACUCAUUCCACUUUGCCUAGACUUUGGAGGGAGGGAGAUGUAUGAAGUGCUUCAUCUGUUAUUGCGCAAAUUGCAUCAAAAAUAGUAUUUAACCUUUCUGUACCUGUUGGCUAAGUAUAGCAGGCUAAUUGUUUUCCUAUAUUAUGGCAUGGCAAAUAGCAUUUGUAUUUCAGAUUCAGGUAUAUGUAGCUAUAGCUGUUGUGUUUAAGAUUUUAAAAGAAUAAUAACAUGGAAGAUAUUUAUGUAAACUGACUGUACUAUAAGCAAAGAUUGUGUGUUUUAUGUAUGAUGAUGAUCAACGACAGGCACUAGGACAGCCAUCUUUGGACAUCCUUAUGUUGAAGAUGAUUGUGGUUUCUUUUUUCCUUUUUUUUAACCUUUGAGACAUCUUUUCUAUUGUCCUUUUUUCUUUUUUCAUUUGUGCAAUAUGCUGUGUAUGAUCAUGUUUUGUCCAAUCAUGCCAAUAUCAUUUGAUGUUUAUAGCUCAAAACCAGCCAAUGUUUGGGUCAAUCACUGCCUCUCAGACCUCUGUACAGAUUGUCGUUUUUUUAUUUGUUUUUCUUUUCUUCCAAGAAGGAAAUAAAAUCAGCUGGAACUGAAAAGUA